AUGACUGAUGUGAGUCCUGACGCCGGCGGUGAAGAGGUACCGGACUCGCAACGGAAGGUGCAGCAGGGGGAACCAGGACAGAAGGCACCUCGAUCAGCCUGGCGGGGAGGGGAAGCACGACUCUUCAGUGAUGUCCUGAAAGAUGGGGGCUGGUACGUGGCUGAGUCGGAUACUGAAGAUAUACUACAACAAGAACGAGAAGAGGAUGAUGUCGUUGAUGAGGAAACUUACGACCCACGCUGUCCACCGGCUUUAUUCACGGCUGCCCAGAAGAACAAGUGGAGACGGGAAUGGAGGUCAGCUUUGGUGGUCAAAGGUCUGGGGAAAAAGGUGGCGUAUCUGCCGCUUGCAAAACGUCUGAAUUUUUUGUGGGCAAGGAAUGGCGAGCUUCAGAUCUCUGACAUGAAGAAUGGAUGCUUCCUGGUACGAUUCAGAAGCCAUAAGGAUUAUGAACUUGCCUGUUCGGAAGGGCCGUGGUUGCUAGGAGACACAUACCUGACUGUGUUUCGUUGGUAUAAGGGUUUCAACCCGUGGAAAGUAGAGGUGAAGUCCACGCCUGUGUGGGUCCAGCUGCCGGACCUACCUAUCGAAUUUUUUAACGCAGAGGCUGUUACAAUUAUUGCUCAGUUGAUUGGGCGGCCAGUUCGUGUGGAUCGUGCAACUGAGAUGGGUGCAAGAGGAAACUAUGCUAGAGUUUGUGUCGAAGUGGACCUCUCUCGCCCAUUACUUUCACAAUACAAAGUUGAGGGAACUACCUAUCUAAUUCAGUAUGAAGGCUUGGAAGACAUAUGUGGGGAAUGUGGAAUGUAUGGGAAUAAAACAACCUCAUGCAAAUGCCAUGCAAUGGGUGAAGAGGACAAAGAAAUGGAGGAAACUGUAGUACCGGAAACCCAAGAUGCGAACCCAACUGAAGGCCGGGUGUACGGUGAGUGGAUGACGGUAAAGAAGAAGGUGUGGCAGCCAAUGAAGCGGGUGAGUAACUCUGAUGGCAGGAGGGAAGAGGUGGUAAGAAGAAAUAGAUUUCAUGUCCUAAACGAACAAGAGGGUUGUGAGAAUGAUGGUCGGACUGAAUUAAUGGCAGAAAGGGAAAGGUCGGGUGGGGAGGAAGUGAAUCCUGGUGUACAGACCAGCGGUUAUAAUGAACAAGAGAGGGUAAUGGAGGGGAAGGGAACAGAGAGGGGACUUACAAAAAAUGAUGGGAAACAGAAGAUGAGUAGUGAUACGGCGAAAGGUGGGAAGGAAAAGGCUGGGAAACAGGUCAAUGUGGAAGGUGCUCAGAAGGCGAAAGUGAAUAAGGGUGGUAAAACCCAAGUGACUCAUGGCAAUGGAAAUAGCUCAAAAAGAGGUAACCAAACAGCUGAUGGUGCGGGGAACCUAUCCCCUUCUGGGAAUAGAUGA